UUCCCAUCAAGUGUGUGGCCAGAGAAGUUUAUAAAUUCCUACCCAUGUUUAUGCCUUACUCACAAUCUGAUCAAUUCUCAUGCUAUCAACACUGCUGAGAGGAAACGUCUGGUCCACGUCUGUAGUGCGUUUGGCUUUGUUAGAGGAAGAGGAGAAAGCUUUAUUGGACUGAAAUCCACCGGCUGGUAUGAAAUAAUUCAGCUUUGUGUUAUUCAUUCAUUUGGCUUGCUUGGAGUGUUGAGGAGCAACAUGAUUGUCCUCUGAUUUAGAAAUGAACCUAAUUUGAACUUUCCACUCAUAGUAAUCCUUGAGCCUUCCUAUUUCUUUGUGACCGUCCUUUAGCCAUCAUGUACAGCAGUGGCUACUCCCAGGUCUCCAAGACCAGCCCGCAAGCCCAAAAGAAGAUGCAGUACCGCUCAAAGGGCAAGAGCUGCGGCUACUACAUGCGCAUUGUCUUCUUCUUCUCAUCGCUCAUUCAGUCUCUUAUCAUAGUCAGCCUCGUGCUCUUUCUGGUCUAUGGUAAGACGCAGGACUCGGCAUCCACAUCACGCAUCCUGGACCUGGAGGAGAGCUUCAGCCGACUCUCCAUAGAGAAUGUCGUCCUGAGGCAGCAGAGGAAGAACCUGACCAACUUACUCAACACCACCCUGAUUGUGAAGGCCCGCAACGACUGGGACCUUGCCAAACUCCUGGACAUCGCCAACAUCUCAGCAAUCCUUAUCCAAGAAAUGGACAGGAAGCAGCACCAGUGCAUUAGCGACUUGUUCUUUUGCAAGAGCGCAGGACAAUUUAAUGCCCAAUGCCCAACCACAUUCCAACUUGCUUCCAACUGUAACUGUGGGCCACUAACUGAUCAGCUAAGAGCCAGGCUUGCGCUUGUGGAGUCCAACUUCACGCAAACAAGUCAGAGGAUGAGCAGGGAAAUGGACCAGAUUGUCAAAGAGAGGGACGACAUUAACUUGGAGGUCAUCCGUCUGCGGAGAGUCAAAUCCACACAUGAAAAGGAAGUGGAUUUCUUCAAACAAAAAUGCAAAGAUGACUUUUCCCAGUCCUUAAAUGGUAUCUCCAAUGUCUCCAAGGCUUUCCUAGAGAAGAUCAAUUCCCUCUUCCCUUCACACAUCGCCUUCCAGCUCACCUGUCCAAAACAGAGGGAACACCUGGAGCAGAUCCGCAGCAACUGCACCAGCCUGUCUAUGGAAGUGGAGGACAGGUUUCAGCGUUACCUGAAUAGUGUGGGAGAACGGGUGUCGGGCAUCCAGUCUGAGAGCAGCCGUCUUAAGGCAGAGAACUGGCGACUGACUGAAGACUACCGAGGGUGCAGCACGAACCGCACGGGCCUGAUCCUGCAGCACAGGCAGAACUUGGACAAGCUUCAGCGGAAACACGAUGAGGACAAGGAGAGGCUCCUGAUGGACAAGAUGAAGCUAAAUGGAGAUAUAGAAGUCCUGAACAACAAUGUCAAGUAUAAAAGUAAAGUGAUUGAUCACCUUACAGAGCAAAACAAGCAGCUCAACAUGUCCUGCAUGUCUAAGACAGGGUUUGGUGAAUUUGCCGGCGGCUCAACCUCUCGCACAGGCACACUCUCUGGUGGGGGUCAGCUUGGUAGGUUAGGGUUAGCAUUGAAUAAGCCAGCAUCAACUGGGACGGGCUCUUCCUUAUCAACUGGGUUAGGUAGCUCCUCUGGGUCAGUAUACAAUAAGCCAGCAUCAACUGGGACGGGCUCUUCCUUAUCAACUGGGUUAGGUAGCUCCUCUGGGUCAGUAUUCAAUAAGCCAGCAUCAACAGGUUCAAAUGGUGGGGUAGGUUUAAAUAAGCCAGUACUGAGUAGUGGGAGAGGCUCCUCAUUUUCUGGGGCAUCAUCUUGGCCAAGCGGGAUAGGCUCAAAUAAGCCAACAUCAAGUGUUAAAAGUUCCUCAGGGUCAUCUGCUGGGUCCUCCUCAGGGUCAUCCUCUGGGUCCUCCUCAGGGUCAUCCUCUGGGUCCUCCUCAGGGUCAUCCUCUGGGUCCUCCUCAGGGUCAUCCGCUGGGUCCUCCUCAGGGUCAUCCUCUGGAUCAACAAGUAAAAGUGGGUCAAGCAGCUCUGGAUUUGGAUCUUGGUUUACGGGUAGCUCAGGGCAAACUAAGACAGGAAGUGGAACAGGGAAAGCACCAUCAACAAGCAAUAGUGGAACUGGAUCGUCCUUUGGUGCAGGAAGAACGAGUGGACUGGGAGGUGACACAAACAGGGUUGCUCAGCACCUUAUGGCUCUGCAGCGCAUCAUCAACCCCCCCUCUGGCCCAGAAGAGAAACAAGAUCUCUCCAGAAUGUUGGGUUAGUUCACUUUUAUAAGAAAAAAACAAAAAAGAGAUUUAUCUUCCACUGCAUCUAUUACGCACAGCUAAAUGUAAGCUGCUCAUGUUGCAGUCGCAUAUUUUAUAUCAAUAAUAAAUGUACUAUAUAUUAUACAGUGGUUAUGACAGUUUGUACUUCAACAUGCAUUUGAAAAAGUCAUUUGAAUAACUUGAAUGUAAAAUGUGAAGUUUGUGUGUUAAUGAUUUGUAGCAGUAUGAAUAAGCACGUAUUGUAUUUUUAGACUGUAAAUACAGAAAAAUAAAAGCUUUGUUUAAACCUAA